GCACGAGUUUUGCGCUCUUGCUGAACCACCCCAAAACUGUUCCCGGCCGGUUGUUGACGAUAUGCGCGAAACCCGUCUUCUUUCAAUAAAGCCACUGUUUGUGCUCACACUUGAUUAUGAUGAACCUGCGUUAUCAUUGUGCGCUUCACAAACUUAAUGCAUGUAAAUAAAAUACCAGAGAUAACCGUCAUAGCUUACAGAUGGCUGUAUUAGCUUGACUACUCAUUCCGAUCCAGAGACGGUCAAACCCAUUCCAACCGCAGUAACAGCAUCAUCAUGAAAACGUUUAACUUUACGGGACUAAUGGCACCGGUAUUUACACCGUACCUAAACGGCAAUGAAACGCUCAAUAUCGGUGCUAUUGAACCGUACGUGGAACUACUGAAAGCCAAGCAUGUGAAGGGUGUGCUCGUAAAUGGAACGUCGGGCGAAGGUAUGCUGUUGAACACCGAAGAACGUAUUCUUGUGGCAGAGGCUUGGCAAAGGGCCUGCAAAAAACAUGGCAUCACUGUCAUGGUUCAGAUUGGUGGUGCACCAUACCCGGAUGUUGUACAGCUAGCACGCCAUGCCGCACAGAUAGACGUGGACGCGGUACUGUGCCUUCCCGAGCUUUAUUUUAAGCCUAAAUCUUCUGAGCAGCUUGUGGCCUAUCUGAAAGGUAUAGCGAAGCAUUGCCCUGCAAUACCUUUUUUCUAUUAUCACAUCCCGAUGUUUACUGACGUGAAUGUUCACAUGCCAACGUUUUUGGAUGAUGCAGAGAAGGAGAUAUCGAAUUUCCGAGGAAUUAAAUACACCAGUGGAGAUCUCGAUCAGGGAAGCGCAUGUUUGAAGGUAGGACGUACCAUAUUUCUUGGCGCAGACUCCAUAGUGUGCGGUGCAGUAGCUGCCGGAUUCGAUAGUUUCAUUAUGACGACGCUUAACAUUUGUCCAGAACUUGCAUUGGAAAUCAUCACCGAUGUGAAUCGUGGAGCGGUAAAGGAUGCUAGAGAUAAGCAGCGCCAGUUAAAUGCGCACAUUGCUACAAUAUUAAAGCAUGGAGACUGGGUAUCAGCAAUGAAAAAAGCUUUUCGGGAAAAGUUUCCUUCCAUAGCGGUUGGUAGCACUCGACCACCACUGAACAUGUAAACCUGUGUACUUUAUUAGUCAAUUAAAAAUAUAAUCUUGUUUAAUGACUAUCCAUGAACUGAAGAUCGGAAACGAGAAGUAUUGUUUGAGGCAAUGGUCGCGGU